AUGGGUACUAAAUUGGAUACUUCAGUGAACAUUGUUAAUACUCAUGUUUUAAAAGUGCAAAAUAAGUUGAGUGAAAAUAAAACACUUGAAGACUUGGUUCAGGGAUUUUGGAACAUCGAGACUAUGGGAAUUAAAAAAUCAGAAGAAAACGAGAUUUCGGAUCAUGGUAUUGAAGCAGGUGUGACAUUUAAAAAAGAUCGUUAUGAGGUCAAGCUACCCAUAAAAGAUCACGAUCUGCUUGAAGAUAACUAUGAUCUUUCAAAACAAAGAUUAAAAAACAUGAUUAAAAUUUUCAAAAACAAAAGCGAAUUGUUGAAACAAUAUGAUAACAUUAUUCGAGAACAAGAAAGUUGUCAAAUAAUUGAAAAGGCACCAGAUGAACACGUUGUAGGACACACCCAUUUUUUGCCGCAUAAGCCAGUGAUACGGGAAGAAAAAACAACUACGAAGGUGCGCAUGGUUUUUGAUGGGAGUGCAAAAAAAGUGGUCCUUCUUUAA